ACUCCUCCUCUACGGACGAGCGACGCUUUUCUUCCACUUGAACAAGCAAGUAGUUUUCAGGGCGCAUUCCCCGGCAGCAAUGUGGAGGGAGCGAGCGGCCGCGUCCAGCUGAGCCUUUUACUUUUCGCACGGGCUUUUAUUCGCGUUAUCGCUUCGUAAACUUUGCGGGCUCCGUCUGUUUUUUUUUUUUUUUAUAGACAAAACCACGAAGCGACGGUUUCAACUUCUGCGGGGGGGGAAGCAGGCGAGUCAGAAGUGAGGCGAAGUGCAGCCUGACCGUCUCGUGUUUUUCCUGCGUUUUCGAAAAAAAAAAAAACAACAAGAAAAACUCGCGUGUUUUCUUACGCAUGGAUACUGGGAGGUGAAAUCGGACAUGAUUCCGCCGCUGAAAUAGCCUCUCGGUCGCUCGGACUGCAGUCUUGGUGGGAUCUGAGGAGACGACUCCGAUUCCUCAGCAGCGCGACAGGGAGACGCGCGGGGGCCACAAGUUGUCCACGAGCGAAGCGGGCGAAACUUUGCCAAGUUGCUGCGCAUCCGGUCACCGACGCCCGACAUUCACGCGCAUUUCUCCUCGCAGCGAGCGUGUCGCAACUUUACUGUGGAUUAUUGCCUGUUGCAAAACGCGCCAUGGACCGCGGGAUCGCGUUCAGAGGAUGAAACGGGAGUUUUGAAACAUGAACACUUUCCUGUAGUUAGUUUUGCUGCUCGAGCGACUCGUUCGGACUACUCUCAUCAGAUAAGUCGACUGUUCGCGUGCUUUUAUUUCCCCUCGACGCCACAUCCACUCGCUCCGCGAAAAUGCCACAGCUGAACGGGGGCGGCGGGGACGAUUUGGGGGCCAACGAUGAGAUGAUCCCGUUUAAAGACGAGGGGGAGCAGGAGGAGAAGAUCUCCGAAAACGUCUCGGCGGAGCGGGACCUGGACGACGUGAAGUCGUCCCUGGUGAACGAGUCGGAAAACAACAGCAGCUCGUCGGACUCGGAGCAAGCGGAGAGGCGCCCCCAAACCAGAGCCGACUCGGAGAGUUACGAGAAGGCGAGAGACUACUUCAGCGAAGCGCUGAGGAGGCAGCAAGAUGGAGGCCUCUUCAAGAGCCCCCGCUACCCGGGCUACCCGUUCCUCAUGAUCCCGGACCUCACCAACUCCUACCUGUCCAACGGCUCGCUGUCGCCCAGCGCGCGCACGUAUCUGCAGAUGAAAUGGCCCAUUCUGGAUUGUUCAGCGUCCGCAGGAAUAAAAGACUCCCGCUCGCCGACGCUAGGCCAUUUGUCCAAUAAAGUGCCAGUGGUGCAGCAUGCCCACCACGUCCACCCACUGACACCCCUCAUCACCUACAGCAAUGAACACUUCUCCCCCGGCACGCCACCGUCACACCUCUCCCCAGAGAUCCUCGACCCAAAGACAGGUAUUCCACGGACACCUCACCCUUCGGAGCUGUCUCCCUAUUACCCCUUGUCUCCCGGUGCCGUCGGGUCCAUCGCACAUCCUUUGGGCUGGCUCAUGCCACAGCAGGGCCAGCCCAUGUACUCCAUCCCUCCGGGGGGAUUCCGUCAUCCCUAUCCAGCUCUAGCAAUGAAUGCAUCCAUGUCCAGCUUGGUGUCCAGCCGCUUCUCCCCCCACAUGGUGACGCCGCCUCCGCACAGCCUCCACCAGACCGGCAUUCCCCAUCCUGCCAUCGUGUCCCCUGCCAUCAAGCAGGAGCCCAGCGGGGACAACAUCAGCCCCUCCAUGCACGCCAGGAAGUCCCCCGUUCCUCCUAAGAAAGAAGAGGACAAGAAGCCGCAUAUCAAGAAGCCCUUGAAUGCUUUCAUGCUGUAUAUGAAGGAGAUGAGAGCCAAAGUAGUGGCAGAGUGCACUCUGAAAGAGAGUGCUGCCAUCAACCAGAUCCUCGGACGACGGUGGCAUUCCCUGUCAAGAGAGGAGCAAGCCAAAUACUAUGAGCUGGCCAGGAAAGAGAGGCAACUGCACUCGCAGCUGUACCCGGGAUGGUCAGCGCGAGAUAACUAUGGAAAACGGAAGAAGAGGAAGAGAGACAAUAAACCUGACUCAAAACCAGAAGACUUCUCCAUAAGAAGCAAGAAGCAGUGUUUGCAGUACCUGCCCUCGGAGAAGAGGUGCGACAGCCCCGCGUCGUCGCACGGCAGCAUGCUGGACUCGCCCGCCACCCCCUCUGCCGCCUUGGCCUCCCCGGCCGCUCCCGCCGCCACUCACUCGGAGCAGGCCCAGCCGCUGUCGCUCACCACCAAGCCGGAGGGACGCAUGCAUCACCAUUUCUCCCUAGCUGGGAAGCCCUCUGGAUCCUCUUCCUCUUCCUCAUCCACCUCCUCCUCCUCCUCCUCCUCUCAACCCACUAUUUCCCUGCCAAUUGGUACAUCAGGUAGCCAGCCAACAACACCCAUCCUCACCCGGCCAAUCCCCUUCACCUCUUUGCACCCUUCGAUGCUUUCCCCCCCCUCCCCUUUCCAUCAGGCAGCCCUUCACUCCCAUCAUGCCCUGUUCCAGUCACAGCCCCUCUCCUUGGUCACCAAACCGACUGAAUGAACCCGCAAAGGCAAUUUUCUCCCAUUUAUUGUGCUGUAUAUUGCUUUUCUUUAAAAUAGGUAUUAGAACAACUUUUUUUCUGAAUAUUGAAAAGGAAGAAAUAUUAUUGGUCAAUAUUUGACCGUCUCCUUUUCUACAUCUCUCAAUGAAAACAAAAUGUAUUUUUUGUAAAGUUUACUGCAGAACUGGUUUCUUUUUGAUGCAUUUAUCCAAUGAACCUCUUGUAUAAAAGAACCAAUGUACAUAAAGUUUCUUUAUAAAAACAAAAAUGGAAUAAAAAACAUGUUUUCUUUCUAGCCAAAACGUGAUUAACGUUAGUAUUAAGUUUAAGUCAUAGUACUGGCCAAUAAUUACAGUCCCCUUUUCAAUUCACGAGUGUGUGUCCCUUCUUUGACAUGUUAAAUAAACAUCUGACUUUGUUUCGUA